CCGGUUGAGACGAUUGACAAACGCCACAACAAUCCUCCUCGAAGUUCCUGAGAAAAAAAGGUCAAAAUGGGGAAAAGACAACAUCAGAAAGAUAAAAUGUACCUAACCUCCACGGAGUGGUCAACACUCUAUGGAGGUUACAAGAAGUCAUCACACUCUGGAGCCCGGGCAGAAUUCAGACGGCUGCCACUCAGUCAUUGUGCUCUGUCGCUGAUGCCCUUCAACCACCCGUACAUUGAUCCAAAGGGAAACGUUUUUGAUCUUGAGGCAAUCCUGCCUUUCAUUAAGAAAUUCAAAGUGAAUCCAGUCACUGGAGAGCCAUUGAACGAAAAGGACCUGAUAAAAGUUACCUUUCACCGAGCAAGUACUGGAGAAUACCACUGCCCUGUAUUGUACAAGCCCCUCACCAACACCUCUCACGUGGUUGCAGUCAAGACAACUGGCAAUGUCUUCUGUUAUGAAGCCAUACAACAGCUGAAUAUUAAAGUCAACAACUGGAGGGAGCUCCUCACAGACAAGCCCUUCACCCGCAAUGACUUGAUUAUCAUCCAGGAUUCUCAAGACCUGACCAAGUUCAACAUCAGCAAGUUUCAUCAUGUCGUAAAGAACCUUAAAGUAGAGGAUGAGGAGACUGUUAAAGCUCGUUCAGAUGCAUCCAUGAGACUGAAGAAUGUUUCACGAGAUACUCAGCAGAUCCUGGAAGAGUUCAACAAAACCUACAAAGAUGAUGGUCCAAAGGAGGAAGCAGGAGAACGAGUAGCAGAUAAAUUUAAUGCGGCUCACUAUUCAACUGGGAAAGUAGCAGCCAGCUUUACCUCAACUUCAGUAGAUGUGGAAACAAAACAAGAAGCAGCAGUACUAGAAGACGAUGUUGUCAGAUAUCAGAGGGUUAAAAAAAAGGGUUAUGUUUCCCUCAAGACAAAUUUGGGUACAUUGAACCUUGAAGUGUACUGUGACACCGUACCAAAAGCCUCAGAGAACUUCAUAAGGUUAUGUGAUCGUGGAUAUUACAAGGGAACAAAAUUCCAUAGAUCAAUUAGACAUUUCAUGAUACAAGGAGGAGAUCCAGAAGGUACAGGCAAAGGUGGAGAGUCCAUUUGGGGAAAACCAUUCAAGGAUGAAUUUCGGCCCAACUUGUCCCAUAAGGGGCGAGGAGUUCUCUCUAUGGCCAAUUCGGGACCUGACACCAAUAAAAGCCAAUUCUUUAUUACAUACAGAUCGUGUACUCACCUUGAUGGCAAACACACUAUAUUUGGGCGAGUUGUGGGUGGUCUUUCAACAUUAUCAGGAAUGGAGGCUAUAGAGACAGACAACAAGGAUGUUCCAAUUGAGGACAUCAUUAUCCAGGAGGCCACAGUAUUUGUAGACCCCUUUAAGGAAGCAGAUGUGGAGCUUGCAGAAGAGAGGCGACUUGAUAUAGAGAAAAGAAAGGCUGAAGAAGAUGAGCUUAAGAAUAGAAAACGGCCAAAGGUAGUGGAGGACCAGUUCAAGAUGUUUCGGUCUGGAGUUGGCAAGUUCCUUGACUUAGGAAAAUCAUCAGUUUCAAAAGAAGAACUUCAAACAUCAUCACAACAGAAGAAGAAGAAGGAUGCAACAUAUGGCUUUAAGGAUUUCAGUAUUUUCUAAGACUAAUUGUUUAGAAUUGGAUUUAAUCAGAAUAACAUUACUUUACAAGUUUUCCCAAAAGUUAGAUUUGGGUAUUUUGUUCAUAUUUUAUUGUAAGAUUGCAAGUGGUAUCUGUACCAGUAAACAUUAUAUUUAGAGAGAAUUGUACUUUUGGAAUAUAAUAAACUGUAAAUGAUA